AUGACCAAAUCAAAUCGUAUAAUUCCAAAUCAAUUAAAUAAUUUAUUAUUGCCUAAUUUUAUGCAUUCCGAUGAUUAUUAUGCUACAACAACGCCAACACCAAUAUCUACUUCUCCUACUACUACUACUAAUAAUAAUAGUACUACCGCUACUACUACUACUACUAUUCCUACUAGUAACAAUAUAAGUAGUAGUGAAAAUCAUCUUAAUCCUAUGCAUAAUGCUCCGAAUGGACACAAUAAGAUUUUACAUUUACAUGAAGAUAAUCUACAUCCAACAUCAUCAUAUCAAUCAGAUCAAAGUAUACAUAGUAGAUUGAGUCCAUUAUCUGGACCAAUGAAUGGUAUAGAUCCGUCUGGAUCACCGCCAACAAUUCAUUCACCAACAAAUGAAAAUAAUAAAUGUAAAAAAGCAAGACAUAGAACAACAUUUUCAGUUCAACAGCUGUCAAUAUUAGAAGCAGCUUUCGAUAAUUGCCCAUAUCCUGAUGCUGUGACACGUGAAGAUAUUGCAGCUAAAUUAUCACUUAGUGAAUCACGUGUACAAGUAUGGUUUCAAAAUCGUCGUGCUAAAUGGCGUAAACAAGAAGGUAGUCAAUUAUCAACUAACGGUAACAAUUCAAAUAAUAAUAAUACUUGUACUACUAAUACUACUACAACUACUCAUAAUACUUCUUCCACUGGUACCGCCAUUACUACUACUACCAAUCAUUUCAGUAGUAUCAUCACAUCGACAACAUCAAUGACAUCCUCUUCGUCCACAUCAUCAUCUUCAUCGAAUUUAGUAAUUACUGAAAAUGAUGAAGAAGAUUUACGAAUGAAUACAACAAAUUUUUUAGAAACACCUUUUUCAGCUACAACCACAACCACAACAACACCGACAGGUCGUAAACGAGUUUCCGGUUCAAGUGUACAACAUCAACACCAUCAUCAUCAGCAACAACAACAACAGAAAAAUAAUUAUUACAAUUAUAAUCAUUUCAAACAAAUCAGCACUGAUACAGAUAUCACUAUGCUAAAUUCCAUAUCACCACCAUCUUAUUUCAAUUUACCAUUUAUUACAAAUGAUCUUUUAAAUAAUUAUCAUCAACAAUUAGGAAAUUAUGCAUUACUUACUAAUCAUGCUAAAUAUCCCAACGCAUCGAAUUCCCCGCCAUUACAUAAUAAUGACCUUGAGAAUUGUUCCAAUCAAACAAAUCUGUUCAAUACAUUCAAUACAUCAUUAGAAUUCAUGAAUUCACAUUAUUUAUUAGAUAAAUCACGAAUUAAUAAAAAUACUCGUAAUAAUAAAUAUCAAUCAUUUCAUUCAAAUUUAAAUUGUCACAUGAAAUCACCUACAUGUGAAAAUAAUCUUCAACAGGAACAGGAACAACAAGAGCAUAAGCAUCAUCUUCACCAUCAUCAUAUGUCUGGUAGGAAAUCCACUCCAACUACUUGUAAACAACGUAAACAUAAUAACAACAGCAACAAUAAUGAUGAUGGUGAUCAUCAAAAUGAUAACAAUCAUGUCGAUGCUGUUGAUCAUGAUGAUGACGACGACAUGAAUAAUCAUAAGAAUAAUAGUAAUAGUAGUAGUGAUGACGCUGACGCUGAUGAUGCUGAUGACAAUGAGAUGGAUAAGUUUAAAACAAUUGAAUUGGAUCAAACUAAAACAAGAGAUUUACCAUUCUCUGUUCUAUCGUUAACCGCCAAUAAAAACUUCACAGUAGAUAAUAAUAAUAAUAAUGAUCAUAACAUCAAUGAUCAUCCAUCAUUAGACAAAUUUCAAUCCUCGUCAUCAGCAUCAUCAGUAUCAUCAACAUCGAAAUUGUUUUGUCAAAAUUUGUUAAAAUCUAUUAAAUCACUCCAUGAUAUGAAUACUGAUCAGCAUCAUCAUCCUGAAGAGAAACAUUCCAAUGUUUUGCAUUCAACAUUGAAUGAUGAGUUGAAUUCAUCAGUCAAUGAAUUAACCCAGGAGAAUAUUACAAAAUGUCUAUCGAAUAUCACUGAUUUUAACGCGUUUAUGAAUGCUAUAUUAAAAUCAAAAUUGAAUCUAUUAACUAGAACAUCAAUGUUAUCCGAUUGUAAUGGAACCACGACUACUACUACUAAUCGUGGUGUAACAUGUUCAACUACUAUGAAUAAUGAUAAUUCAACUGGUAAUGGUAUGAAUACUACUACUGAAAUUACUACUGAUAUGUCUAAUACUACUACUGGUACUACUACUAGUACUACUACUAAUACUAGUGUCAAUAACAAUAGUACUAUAAGUAGUAGUAGUAAUAAUAAUAAUAAUAAUAAUAAUAAUAAUAAUGAUAAUAGUGAUAAUGAUAACACUGUGAUUGAUAAUACCAUUCAACAGUCAAUUUUAGAAAAUUUAAUCAGUUCUUGUAAACAAUUCCCUUUGAAUUUACCUUCUUCUUCUUCUUCUUCUCUAAAUCAACCUGGAUUAGAUUUGAAAAUGGAAUUAGAUAUGAAUAAACAAAUUAGUGAGUAA